AUGUGGGGAAGGAAAAUGCCUAUGAUGGCUGCUGUGGCCGUCUUUGCUGUCGGUUCUGCAAUCUGUGGUGGUGCGCAUAAUGGCGCUGUACUGAUUGCUGGACGAAUCGUCCAAGGCCUGGGAACGGGCGGCAUCGAUCUAUUCGCUGAGAUGAUUCUCUGUGACAUUGUCCCCCUGAGAAAGAGAGGCCCGUACUUGGCUAUCAAACACGUUACUUUCGCUAUUGGCACCACUCUCGGUCCGCUCCUUGGAGGUGUUUUCGCAGAGCACGGCUGGAGAUGGUGUUUUCUCAUAAACAUACCGGUUUGCGCCAUCUCCUUGGUGGUAAUCUGGCUAUGGUUAAAUGUCGGUGGUGGUAUUGACACUGCCGAAGUAUCCGUCAAGGAGGAAUUGAAGAAGGUCGACUACGUGGGAAGCGGCAUGCUCACUGGCUCCGUCCUCAUGCUACUCGUCGCACUCAGCACAGGCGGCGCACCAAGACCUUGGUCUCACUCCUCCGUGGUCGUUCCAAUGAUAUUUGGUGUCCUUGGGCUGGUAGGAUUCGGCUUCUGGGAACGCUGCUCCUACUGCAAAUACCCCAUUAUGCCACCCCAUAUCUUCUCGAACCGCACCACCAACAUCGCCUUUGCACUCACCACCAUGCACGGCUUCAUAACCUACGGCUUCCAAUUCUACCUCCCACCCUUUUUCCAAGCCGUCAAGGGCUCCUCGCCUACACAAUCGGGUGUAGAAGUCAUGCCCACAACCCUCGUCGUCGUCGUUCUAGCAGCAGUCGGUGGCCCCUUACUGAGCUUCUGGGGCAGAUACAAACCCAUGCACAUUGUCGGAUUCUCCCUGACAACCCUCGGCUUAGGCCUCUGCACACUUCUCGAAGCCAGCACCUCGAUCAGCGUUUGGCUUACCCUCCAACUCGUCACAGCAGCAGGUCUCGGCAUAGUUAUCAGCACUAUGCUUCCUGCUGUUCAGGUAAAGCUUCCUGAGUCUACGACUGGUGCGAGUGCAGGCUCCUGGGCUUUUCUUCGUGGCACGGGUUCACUCUUUGGUGUCGCGAUUCCUGGUGCCGUCUUUAACGUCCGCUUCGCUUGCCUUCUCCAAACAAUCUCUUCUGAAUCUGCCCGCGCUAAACUUGCCAACGGGCAAGCCUACCAACGCGCAACCGCUUCUUUCAUCGCCACACAAGCUACAUCCCCAAUAAUCAAGGUUGAGAUUGUCAACGCCUUCACCAAGAGUCUCAAGUGUGUGUGGAUCGUUUUCGCUAUACUCGCUGGCCUGGGCUUCUGCUUGACAUGGUUUGAGAAGGAGUAUAAGAUGCGCCAGGAGCUUAACACGGCAUAUGGGCUCAAGCCAAAGAAGGUGGCGGGUAGCGCGAAGGCCAGUCCUAGCGGAAUGGAUACGGGCGUUGUCACACCUGAGAAUAUUGACGAGGAGGAACUGGGUACAAAACCUAUCGGAUUAAUGGCUGCGGACAAUCGACGUCUGUUCGAAAUGGAUGACAAUAUUAAGCUAGGAGACAUUAGGGGAAGAGCGGGGGAAGUAUGA